CUGGUUAAGUUAAGACGGUCAGGACGAGGCGCGCGUGUUCCUUGGAGACGCUGAAGGCUCUUGAGGGCGUGCGGGCGUGCGCAUCGUUCCUCUUCGCCCUCGCCCUCUGCGGAUGGAUCAGAAGCAGGAGAUUUUUUGCCUGAGUGUGUGAUUAGCGGGCGCGUGAGGCAGGUGUGACUCAGUGAUGGGCGGUGACGAGUUAUGCUAAGUAGUGGGAAUAUGAAUAAUGAUAGUGACAAUGAGAUGUAUAAGAAAAUGAUUAAAGGCAAGUGAAAACAAGUCCACAUAAUCUACACCGAAGGAGGUCGACUUCCAAGGAUCUGUCCGUCCUUCAAGGAAGUGUAACCCUUUCCCUUCGUCAGCCUCCUCGACCUGCUACUCCUCCGAGGGUAGCUGGCCCGAAGGAGCGCCUCCACUCCUCUCUUUCGACUCCCUUGGAUUAGGGACUGCCACGCCAAGGAAGUUCUGUGGGGCGCCUGAAAGAGAGUUUUUUUGCAGGUUGUCCUCAGGGCGAGCUCUCUUGCCUCCCCUGCCAAAAGGAGCCAAGCAUGGAUUCGGAUAAGAAGAAGUAUCAGCAGUUCCUUCAGGGGGCCUUCGAGAAAUACAAGAACACCAGCCAGGAUGUCAUGAUCAAGUUCCGACACACCAUCGCGACCGGGUUUAAAAUUCCCGUUGACGCGCAGCCGCACUAUUGAUCCGGCGCCACGCAACCGGCUUGCGAGGAUGGCCACCAGAGGGGCCGAGGGGAGAGCCCCCCUCCCCUCGGACGUGACGUCACCCUCGGACGACAACAAACCUCGUCGGGGAGGAGACCCCACACUCACGGACGACUAUCUCGAUUUCGAGGGCAACGUCCGACCGAGGAGUACCCACGGGGCGCCGAGUGCGAGUGAAGGGAAGGCUGUAGAAGGGCGGGACAGGCGAAGGGACGCCAAGAGGGGCCAGGGCGAGGAGGCUCCGCACGGAACGCGGAAAUUCAACAACUUCAACUACUGGCGGAAGAAGCUGCCCGAUGUGACUAGGGAGAUCCAGUAUAUUCUCACGCCGAAGAGCACGCGGCGGUCCCUACGGAGGGACGUCAACGACAACGCCUCCCUCAGCGUUUUGCCGGAGGCCAAGGCGGAUCCUCGAGAACCAGGCCUCAGGGAGCGGCGGAACCUAAGCAGACUCGCCGUCGCGAAGCCCUCCAAACACUCGACUAGGGAGGAGGACGAGGAGUUAGAGGAAGAGGAAGAGGAAAGAAGACGAGGGAAGGGCAAGGGCAAAGGGAGGCGUCCGCCCACCCCGCGCAGACACAACGCCGCCGCCGGCCUCGUGCCCUUCGCCUUCGUCGAGUGCGCGGGCGAGUCGAGCACCGACGACUUCGAAUACAUCCCUGGGCCUGGUCGCGACGGCCCGAGGGCGGGGCAUGAGGCGCCUGACCGCCGGGGCGAUCGCGGCGCCGACGAUGACGAGGAGGAGGACGAGGAGGUCGCCGAACUCGAGGACAUCCAUUACAGGGCGCUAGCGGUCAACAGGCCCAAGUCGGGCUCCUUCAGUGACUACUCCAGGUUGGUCUCCGCCCGGCCCUUCGCCACCGCCCCGCGCUCCCCGACGUCGGGGAACUUCCUUACCGUCGACGACGCCGCAUCCGAGUUCUUCCGGCGGAGCUCGGCGCCCGUGGGAACACUCACUGACAUCUUGGGCAAGUUCCACGCGACUCGUAAGGUCCCCGGCAGUCCUGGGUCCUCGCCCUCGAGCGCCGCCGUCCUUGGCUUGCUCUCCAGGCUCUCCUCGGACGGAGACUUCAACCACAACAGUGAGGAGGACAUCUACUCCUCCAGAGGCAGUAAGACUUUACCGGGUCUGAUCCCCUUCGAAUACGAUACCGACGACAGCGAGGCGGAAAACAGCUACGACAUCAUGGGCAACAUUCAAGGGGCCGAGGGGCGGCGUGCCGCCAAGGGGGAGAAGCAGAAAGCCAAAGCCAAAGGCAAGCUCGCCAAGGGCAAGUCCCCCUCCAAAGGCAAGCUUCAGGGCAGCCGCGAUGCCCUCGACGACGUCACCACGCCUUCCUCCGUUAUGGCGGCCACUGUGGGCAUGUCCCCGUCGCCGCGCCGCCAGCAAGGCUCCUCUCCCGUCACCCCGGGAACACCUUUGGCCACGACGCCGCUUGCGCCCUCCCCGCAGCAUCCGAAGGCGCCUGCCUCCAUCGUCACGGACUCGUGGAAGCAGGCCAGAAAGAUCGAGGACGAGGGCUUAGGCGGCGGUACGGGCCAAGCACCCGUCGCCUUCGCCGAUUCCUCCUCCAGCUCUGAGUCUGUGUUCACGGAGGCGAGGAGCGGGGGUCCUGGCCGCAACGGCAGCCUCCACGACGCCCUCACGCCCGUAGGCGAUGAUGCGGGCGGAGGUGCGGCCACACCCGUCUUUACCGAGACGCUAGACCUACCCAUCGAUGCCAUUAUGGGCGGAUACUAUUCCUCGAGCGAGACGUCUUCGGUCUGUUCCCGUCCGCCCACCGUCGCCGGCCAAGGAGGGUCGUCUUCAAGCUUGCUCGACGAAAAGAAAACGGGGCAUGACGAUGUGGGGGAAACUAUCCUAAAAAGAGAACGAGAGAAAACGGAGCGCGGGCGAGCGUCAUCACCGACAAAGAAAACGGCUCGGCGGGAGGGGGAGGCGGGAGGCGAGGGCGUGGGGGUUGAGGUGAGUGUGCCCGGGGCAAGACCCCCCCACCAGCGCGGACAGGUAGACACAACAACACAGUCGACGCUCAGUCAGAGUCCGCAGGACCGUCAGCGAGCAGGCAGCGCCUCGCAUCCUCCGUCGAGGUCGUCCUCCAACCUUCGGUCGGACGCCUCUCCCUCUGGCUCGCGCCCGAGCACCCGUACGCCCUCGAAAAGAAGAGAAAAGGCCUCAGUGAGUGAUAGUGUCAGUGAUAGUGCGACCGCGGCGGACGAGGAUGUGAUCCUGAGCCCCGCUGGUGUCGAUCUAGAGUUCAGUGUCUCGAGUGUUUACGAGGAGUGCGACGAAGGAGGCGAGCACGCGCGCCCGCACCCGCUGCGCUACGUGCCCUCAGCCUCUGCCAGUUACGAGGAGUCCCUUGGCUCCUUCAUUUGCCUUGACCUCGAAUCCGAGGGCGGCCCGACCCAGCAGAGCGCGGGGGACACCCUCGAGGAUGAACCUGGAGGAGGAGAUGCAGAUAAGCCGAGGUCGUUCUCCGCGGACGACCUCGACGACCUAGAGCUCGAGGAAGGAGAGUGCUACGAGUACAGCGGCGAGGAGUACGACGACGACGACGACAUGCCGCAGGCGUCCGGCGCGGGCAGGGGGUCGGGGGGGUCAGGGGGCAGCAGUGCCUUCAGGGUGUCGCGGCAUCGCAAGGUGGAGCUGCAGCCCGCCCGCACGCUCCCCGCGCGCCCGCCCUCCAACAACAACAAUAACAACAACAACAGCAGCAGCGGCAAGAGCAGGACCUACUCCGAAUCCUCGGGCAAUGGCACAGAGCAGCGCGGGCGGCGGAGCGGCAGCAGCGGAGACGUGGGCGUGGUCGACAGCAACGUCCUGCGUAAGGUCGCCAGCCUGACCCUUGACCGCGCGACCAUCGAGAAGAGGGUAGUCAAGCCCAAGUUUGUGCCCGAAAAACUCGACUUCAAGAUCUAUGAGAAGUUUGAAGGCCAAAUGCUGAUCAACUGGUUUGUGAGUGCCUUCAGCGAGGGUCACUACCUCCGGCAUGUGAUCACUCCUCAGGACCUGAAGAUCCUUGCCACUCAGUUCUGCACGCAUCUCCUAGCUGCAGGAGUGAUUCGGCAGAUUGAGGAUUCCGGGGCUCCUCUUGAGCUUCUGUUUAGGCCUGACCUCAUGUAUUAUUGGUCUCACACGGAGGCAUCACCAGCACAGAUCUUGACCCCAGGCAAGCUCUCCCCUUCAGCCUGGCCACCACCUAACUUUGCUGAGCUCAUUUCCUCAUCCCGUCCAGGGGCAAAGUACACCGAGGCAGGCCCACUCCCUGAUGUAUCCCCCCAUAGCGAUACUAACGGGAUAGUUAUCGAAGCAGAAGUUGACGAUAAUAAGAACGGGGAGGGAGAAGAAUUCCAGCAAGUGGUGAUGGGACUCAAGAGAGAACACAAGGAGUCACUCGAUCGCGUGGAGAGGGACCAGGAGGUGAAUCUGUUCAACCUGCGCGGGGAGCAGGCGGAGAAGCUGUGCCAGUACGAGCAGAAGAUCAGGGAGCUUGAGGUUGAGCUGGAGAAGCUUAAGACUGUCUCGGCAAUUCAGGAACUCACAGCCAAGACGUGUGCGGACUUUGACUCGCCCUCGAUACCCCUGUCCCCUAAGAAGGCAUCAGCAUCCCCUGGUAGUGGCCCACCAUCACUGCCCCCACCCCCCCCUCCCCCACCCCCAUCAGGACCAGGUGUGGCAUUCCCUCCCAGUGCCUCCACUGGCCCAUCUGUCCCCCCGCCCCCCCCUCCACCACCUCCAGGAAUGCUAGGGAUGGGAGCACCUCCUCCUCCUCCACCUCCACCUCCUGGCAUGCCGGCACCACCACCUCCACCACCGCCUCCCCCCGGGAUGGGACCUCCUCCCCCUCCACCUCCUCCAAUGCCCAUGAUGGGAGGACCCCCACCCCCUCCUCCAAUGCCAGGAAUGAUGGGACCCCCUCCCCCUCCUCCAUUGCCUGGAAUGGGGGGACCUCCACCACCCCCUCCCAUGCCAGGGAUGGGGGGUCCUCCACCUCCACCUCCACCUCCUGGUAUGGGUGGGCCUCCCCCACCUCCUCCAUUCCCAGGGAUGAGGGGCCCUCCACCUCCCCCACCACCACCAGGGAUGGGUGGGCCUCCUCCUCCUCCCUUCCCUGGCAUGGGUCCUCCACCUCCACCUCCACCAGGUAUGGGCCCGCCUCCCCCUCCUGUCCCCCCUGGCAUGAGAGGGCCUCCUCCACCUCCCUUCGGUGGGCCGGCCCCUUUCCCUGCCCCCCCGCCCGGUGGCUGGAAUGCAGCACGCCCGGCUGUUCUUCGGAAGGCUCCAGUCAACCCAAAGAUGGCCAUGAAGCCUCUUUACUGGACGAGAAUUCAGCUGAAGACGCCCAAACCCCCCAAACCAGAGCCAGAGGAAGAGGAUGAGGUCGACAGUAAAAAUGAAACCAAAGAAGAGAAAGCAGAAGGGGAAGAGAAGGAAAAGGAGGAGGAGGAGGAGAAGGAGAAGGAUAAAGAUAAGGAUAAUGAUGAUAAGGAUAAGGAUAAGGAUAAGGAUAAGGAAGAAGGAGAGAAGGAAGCAGGAGAAGUGAAGGAAGACGAAGAAACCAAGGAGAAGAGUGAUAAAAAGGAAGGAAGUUUGAAGAGAGCAAAAAAGAGAAAAGCCGACAUCCCACUUUGGGACGAAAUUGAGGAAGAGGAAUUUGAUGAGCUGGAGUUCGUUGACCUUUUUGCUCGUCAGGUCACACAGCCCAAGAAGAAGGAGAAGAAGGAGGCCAAGCCAGCUAAGGCCAAGGUAAACAAAGUCCUGGACAGCAAACGUUCACAGAAUGUGGGAAUCUUCAUUACAAGUCAACAUCUAGAUAUCGCAGAUGUGGAGAACGCUGUUUACAACUUUGACACCUCCGUCCUAGACCUUGAAGUUCUUCAGCAAAUAUACGAAGUUAGAGGAAGCGAAGGAGAGAUCAACAUGAUAAAAGCAGCCAAUGAAGCCAUGCAGGACGUCCCCCUCGACAAGCCUGAACAGUUCCUCCUCGACUUGUCAAAAAUAAAUGAAUUUGCCGAGCGAACAGCAUGCUUCACCUUCCAAGCAACUUUCAACGAAGAGCUGGGCGUCAUACAUGGAAGAAUACACAUGUUGCAGUCUACUAUAGAUGUACUCAUGUCAAGUGAGAGCAUCAAGAGAAUAUUUGGGCUGAUCCUGGCCCUUGGCAAUUACAUGAAUGGCGGCAACAGGACUAGGGGCCAGGCAGACGGAUUUGGUCUCGAGAUCCUUCCAAAGAUCAAGGACGUAAAGAGCAAGGACUCGGGCUUCACACUCUUGCACUUUGUUGUCACUAAAUAUAUUGAGAAAUAUGAAGGGGAGGAUGCAGGCACUGACAAGGUUCAGCUGCCAAUCCCAGAUCCUUAUGUUGUAGAGCGCGUGUCCAACCUUAAAUUCGAGGACUUGGAAUCCGACUUGAAAGAUAUUGAAAAGAAUCUAAAAGUGUGUGAAAAUCGAGCUGAAAAGGUGAUAGCAAAGUCAGAUGAGGAGCAUUUGCAGCCAUUUAAGGACAGGAUGACGGAGUUCUUUGUUAAAGCUAAGAGUGAAGUAGAAUCAGAGAGUGAAAGUUUAAAGGACUGUAAAAGCCAAUUUGAUAUGGUGAUGAAGUAUUUCCAGUUCAGUGGAAAAGGACCUGAAGUCACACCCUAUGAUUUCUUCAGUGUCUGGUCACCUUUCUGCAAUGACUUCAUGAACAUUUGGCAGAAAGAACAACAGAAGAUUGUCAAGCAGAGAAUGAAGGCUGCAGAAGAGAAGGUGAAGAAAAUGACGGAAGAAAAGAAGGACGUCGCCAAGAAAACCAAGGAGGUUGGAGGGUUGAAGAGCAAACUCAAGGACAAGUUGAAGACUUAGCAAUAAAUUUCUUCCUUUUUGUAAUUUAUACUUCUCACUCUUGGCCUCUCUCUUUCUUUUUAGAGACAAGUCACACUUUAUUUUAUACGUAUAUUUUUGAAGCUUCUCAAGAUGAGGAAAUGGAAGGAAAGGGAGAAGGAGGAGGAGAAGGAGGAGGAGGAGAAGCAAAGUUGUUAAAUGAACUCUCUGCCUUCAGGAGUCGAGUGUUCACCAGCACAAGGCUCUGAACGUCUCCGAGACUUCCUUGGUCACGAAGCUGUGAUUAGAAUAGAUGUUGUGAUAAUUACUAUACUUGUAUGAAUUGUACUUGAUGGAGACAUUUGAUGGAAGGUUGCAAUGAAUGCCAAGGUUUUUAUAGAAGCUGUGUAUGUGACCUUUCAGUUUAUUUUCUUCUUCCAUUUUAUUGUUUUAAUUGCAUGCUUUUAUGCUUUUUUGUACACUAUAUUUUAUGAUAAUGUCUUCAGUGGAUCUUUUGAAAUUAUAAAAUGAUUUUUUUUUGUAUAUGAUUGAGAUGUGAUAAAUUAACAAAAUAUUUAAAAUUAAGGAUUUGUUGAAGCAUUCAAGAAAAUUGCAAAAUGUUGCCUAUGGUAUAUGACUUGACAUUGAGCCGUUGAAUGUGAUUUGUAAAUAGGAAGAUUAAUGAGGUUGUUUCAAGUCGUCAAGAAAUUAUAUCGCAGGUGAAAAUCGUUAUAUAUUCUCUUUUGAUUUAUGUAUACUUUCAUUAUUUUUUCCAUGUAAAUGCCUCUCUUUUAUAGACUGCAACAAACACAACCUUGGCUUUGCACAAGUGUAUUGCAGCAUUAUGCAGAGUCAUGCCAGUGGUCUUUCUAAAGAGUGUGUAUGAAAGGGGGAGGUAUUUAGCUCAGCUAGCAGGUUCACACAUCAUUGAGCUUGAUCAUUCCUCUUGAGGGUCACAAACAAUGCCAUAUAUACAUACAAUCCAUUUUUUUUUCUCAUUAGUAUUUGUUUUCUGACCUUAGGUGCCAUUUGGGAGGAUGUAAGGCUUUCCUGGGGAGCUUCAUGAUGUUGCAAAGGUCACAUGUGCGUAAAGAAUUUUUCAAGAAGGAAAAAUUAUUGAAAUUACGUUCCUUUUUUUUUGGUUUGUUUUUUGUUUCUGAAAUUCGGGGGGAACUUUUUAAGAAGGUUUCUAUACUUGUUGUUAUAUUAGCUGUGUUUGUUUUCCUGCAUUUUGGCCAAAAUUAUUCAUUUAUUUUUGUUAUUGUAUUUCUGUAUUCAAAAGAAAAAACACCCUUAAAAUCAACCUUCAAGAAAUAGCAAUCACUCGCAGAAGCAUGCAAGCAAAACACCCCCACUUAUGAUAUUGUAUCAUGUACAGCACAAACAAUGGUAGUUUUGUUUUGUGUGUGUGGUAAUAGAUCUUCUGGGGAACAUUUAAUAUGAGAAUAAAAUCUUCAGACAAUAACAACAAACCUGCUUGCAGCAAAGUGUAUAUAACCCUCUUCCUAGAUACUGCCGUUAAACUAUGAAUAAUUUUAAGCCAAUGCUAAGUGUGUAUGCUCAUCUCAUUGUCCAUAUUCAACAUAUUCAGCUAGGGAAUUUUUGGCCUUACAAAAAAGUACCUGUAUCCCCUGUAUAAGUUGCAUAAUUUUUUUGGAUCAGCACCUCACACAUACACACAAGUGUUCACACACAUACACACACACACACACAAAACACAAUCUCAUAUAGCCACUCAGGUGUACCAGAUCUCAUUCUCUUGUGUGGUAGUCAUGGUGCUUCCAAAGACAUUUUUCGCAUGGUGUCUGGUAGGCAAGUGGCCAGAUCUGCUUUAUAUAGUGUCUUUUUAAAAAUGAUUGUUAAUAAAAAGAUAAAU